AUGGGCCCGGAGUCAGAGUCCCAGCACAGUCCACCAGCAGAACCUCACCAGAGCUCGUCUAUGAGAACAAUGGCCGCCCACCGGGGAACAUUAAUGGGUCUUUCCACAUGGCUUCUCCUUAUCUUCCUUUCUUCUGCCCAUGGAAGAGAGGUGCAGGUACCUGGUACAGAGGAGUGGGAUGUCCGCCCAGUGUCCGGAGGUGAUUGUCCAUUCCAAGUGGACGCCACAUUUCCACCACGUGUGAAGGUUCAUAUGAAGAUCAACAGUGGGAGCUCUGCACAACUAAUGACGGACAGCAUCAAGAGCCGCUCAAUGUCUCCAUGGGAAUACAGCUACAACGUGGACAACCACAGAGUCCCAUUGGUCAUCAAUGAGGCCAGAUGUCUCCACCACGGCUGUUUGGACCCUGAGGGUCAUGUGGACCUCAACAUGAACUCAGUCCCCAUCAGACAGGAGAUCCUGGUCCUGCGCCGUGAGAUGAGAGGAUGCGUCCCCGUCUAUAAGCUGGACAAGCAGCUAGUCACUGUGGGCUGCACCUGUGUCCGGCCCAUCACCCAGUACCUCAGAUAA